UUUACUUCCCUGAAGUAACAUUGUUGGCAGUUUGUCUCUCACAUGCAGGGAGCCGUAUUGACUUAUUGGACUACUAUUCGAAUCAUCGCUUCAGAAUGGGAUGGUAAAUGCCUACGCAUAUUUGAAGUCAUUCAAAGAGGAGAAAUUUGUCAACCCAAAAAGUUGAAUGGCACGCUGCUACUGUCGCUGGUGUCGAGUGUUAUUCUGUGUGUGCAGUCCAUGUAUCUGCCUUAUCCUGCUGUUCCUUUAUGCGAGCAUCAUGGUGUGUAUCGACAUGAAAAAGAUGACCUUACAUUCUAUACAAUCUGACCAUUAUGUGACCAGUGGGAGUUUUAAAAAUAAAAACUACAUCUCUCUGCCUAAAACUUUCUGGAAGCUCCACGAAGAUGCUUUUUGGAACCAACUGCAGGUGGCCAUUGACCGCCAUUUCAACCCCAUCCUGAAUCCUCAAAACACAAAGACAAGAUUGGAGAACACUGACUUCUACGAUUACCUUUUGAGACUGAGCUUCUCUGAGGUGACUGACUUGGAGAGCAUGAGGAAGAAAUUGGACCAAUUACCACGGCAGUUGCAAGACUUUGUAAGCAACAUGAAACGGAGAAACUACCCCCUCAUCAUCCAGCCUGCAAAUUCCACCUGCGGAGCUGGGGCGGCAGAUGAGCAGGAACCUCCGUUGCUUCUCCUUGCUAUUAAGACGACUGAGCUGAACUUCAAAAAGCGUCACGCCAUCCGACAAACCUGGGGCCAAGCUGGCUGGGUGUCCAAAAAGAAGAAGAACGGGAAUGUAAGACAGGAAGUGGGAGGGUACGUUCGUCGGGUGUUCUUGAUGGGCAAAGAGAAUCCAGAAGACUUGGGAGUGGAUGUAUCCAAGUUGUUGGAGAUAGAAGGUCAACAUUAUGGAGACAUUGUGCAGUGGGACUUUAGCGACACCUUUUUUAACCUCACCCUGAAGGACGUUCUCUUCUGGAGCUGGUACUUACGCAGCUGCAGCCAGAUUCGCUUUGUAUUUAAGGGGGAUGACGACGUCUUUGUCAACACACCAAACUUGAUCACCUAUCUCCACGAGCAGUUAGGGAUGCCCCAUGCAGAACAGACAAUGAAUGAGUUCAUGGUGGGAAAUGUCAUCGGUGCAGCUUCCCCCAUUCGACUUUACCAUUCCAAGUACUUUGUCCCAGACAGUCUAUUUAAGGGCCUUUACCCCAUGUACGCAGGCGGCGGAGGAGUGGUUUACUCAGGCCGGCUGGUCAAACGUCUGCAUGACAUCUCCAGAAGGGUUCACCUCUUCCCAAUUGAUGAUGUUUUCGUUGGGAUGUGUAUGUCUCGGCUCAACGCAGCCCCCAUCCACCACCCUGCCUUCCUCACCUUUGAUUUUACUCAAAAGGAAGCGAUGGACCCAUGUGCAUACCACAAGAUCUUACUUGUCCACAAACGAAGCCCAACGCAGUUGAUCGCACUGUGGGACAACAUGUCCAAGACAAAGAACCAGUGUUGGAACGUGUCACUCAGGGUUUCUGACAAUGAGACAACCACAGCCAAAACAACCAAAAUGAAGUUGAAUGAAUACAACAGAAAAUGAGUCAGUUCGAUUUUGUCUCUUUUUUUGUGAGUCUGUAAGUAAAAAGUAAGAGUCUACAGUACAAAAAAAACGGCAAGCGCAGUUUAGGGGACACCUCCAGAAAGAAGAUGUACUGCUACCGGACAUCUUAUCGCAACAAGGCAAGCAAGUCUCAUUUGUUUAGAUCAAGGGUGUCCAAACUUUUCUCACCAAAGGCCACACACAGAAAAAUUCUAAGAUGUUCUGAUCCAGUCAUGGUAUAAUCACUGUAUGCAGUUGUUAACGUAUCACUUGAGUCACUGAUCAAGUUGUCGUGCUCUGCAAGUGUUUGCUUGUUUUAAUUUGAUUGACUGAAUUGCCUCAUGGAUACAGUCAUACUUUGUUUAUGCAAAACUUUUAUUUAGCCACUUAAGUGUCAAUAUUUAUUUUGCAAACUUUGUAAUCGUUUUAGUUUGGUUUAGCAGCAUUGUGGCCGUGUCCAGUCAAAAGCUAAUAGAGCUAAUUGCUCAUUUAUAAUUGUUUCAACUUCGUCAUCGUGACAGUUUACAGUUGUAAAAUACGGCUGUAAUAUGAUGUCACGAUUUAAAGUUUUCCCAUUUCUUUUACAAGGCAAGCCAACCUGGGAACAUCCAUCCAUCCAUUUUCUACCGCUUGUCCCAUUUUGGGGUCGCGAGGACAUGAUUACAAAAUAACUGGUUAUGUUGGCCACUGACACCCAGUAAUAAAAAUAUGGGACAAAGCGCGUGGCUUGACAGCUCAAUACGGAACACGUAAUUUUGUUUCUAAGUACAGGACGAUUCCGUUUUUCGAGGGACUGAGCGUCUGUUAGCUAAAUGUUAACGUUUUCCUCCAAUUUUCAAUCCACAUUUACAAAAAAGUGAGUGUUGUAAUUAUCAGAUUAGCUUUAGCUCCAAAACCCUCCCUGUCUUGCUUUGUUUGCCAUUGUUUGCUCAUGACAAAGGAAGCUGACAAGAUACUAUUCAUAGAAGCUUAACCACGUUUAAGCCCUAAUUAUGCCUUAAACACAUAUUAAAAACAUUUAAAAUAAUAAAAUGUAUUUGUAUUCGCCACUAAUAAAUGAUAAGAUGGAUGUAUUCAAAGUCAGUAUUUAGCUAGCUUUUAACCUGGUUGUCAGGCUAACGCUAAAAACCGUGCUGAAAAGAUGCCAGCAAAGGUACGCAAUCAAUUGUUGUCCUUUUACCUGCUAGAGAAGCAACUAACAAUUUGCAGUCUUAUUGUUAUGAUAGAAUAUAAAUUCAAAGAUAGUUAAAAUUAGCUAGCCAAAUCGCUAUCAUUAGCUAACAACAAACAAAGCUAAUAUGUGUGCAUGGGGCAACGUUUUGUUUUAGAAAUUUACCCUCCGAAGUAGUUGCUUAAGGUUGUAAACAGCCCCUUAAAGGCUUAUUUUUGUAGAAAACAAAUCAACACAAAUCCACAGAUUUCCAGGGAUUCAAAUGCUGAACAAUGAAUAUGAAAAUAUAUCUGUCAAUUAAACUGUCCAUAUAAACCUCACCUUAUGCUCUCGUCAUGGUUUUUAAAUCAUUUAUGGAUUCUAUCUUACCAACUAAUUAGUUGAACACAAUAGAAUACAAUUUUUGUGUAAAAAACGACUAUACUAAUCUUAUAAGUGAACAAUCCAACAAGUUAACAACAUCAAAAAAAUAAUGCAAUAAAUCCCUAAUAUUACUUACAAUUCUUUGCAAAAAAAAUAAGUAAACAGAAGCAAAAAUAAUUAUUGCCUCUCAUUUAAAUAUCUACAAAAUUUACCCGUAAAAUAUAUGUUGUGUCGACAACUCAUUCCCUGAAUUUCAACACGACAAAAAACUCAUAUUGGUAAAAAUAAACACGGAUCAUAGAUCGAUCUGGCCGUCCCUAAAGGAAACAUGACUUUCAUAAUUUUUUUAUUUUAUUUUUGUAAAUACUCUUUAUAUACAAUGUUCCGUGAUUCUAUGAUUUAAUUUAAAAACAUCAGAUUUUUCCCAAAACCUCAUCCAAACAUCACCAGCAUGAGCAUGAUUUUUUUUAUGAAUAGGGUUACAGAAUGUAGUUUGUCUCUCCAGGUCUUCAACUUCAUACAGGACUGAACCAAAAGGAAAUGUCACCAUGUCAACCCACCCACACGGACAAAUAUAUUUACGCGGACAAAUAUAUUUACAAAAAUAAGCUUUGUACAGAUUUUUUUCUAUUACACACAAUAAAGAGGUCUACUGCCAAAUUGCGCUGCAAAUUAUUUCAUGCAAUUCUAUUCAUUUCAAAUGUCCCAACAUUUUACGGAGAGGUCUCAUACUUACAAAGAAUGUGCAUUCACUGUGAUACAGUUUGGAAAAUAAAGAUCCACAAAUCUUAGCUUUAAGUUAGAGCUGCCAAAGCAAAUUGGUGUAAUAUCUAAUAAUUGGUGAUGUUCCGAUCAGGGAUUUAUUCUGCUGAUUUAGGUAUAAUCAUCCAUAAGUAAGAUUGGUCGAUACCAAUACCGAUCACAUAUAUUAACAGUAAAUUUUUGUAAUGUAUUAAUGGUUUGUAGUAUUGACAGUUAAUAUUUAAAGUGCUUUCUGUUUUUUUAUUACAUGCCGUUGUUUGAGCAAACAAAGUAAAUAUUACACGAUAACAAAACCUACUAUAUAAUACUGUUUUAUAUAAUUUCUGCCCUCAAAGUCUGUACCCAAGGAAUUAUUGUCUAAAUUUGUAAACAUGAACAAAAAACUAUAAUUAUUUUAAGAAAAAAAAAAAUCUAAUACAUCAAUAAAAAUAACGUUCAUGUAAGAGAUACAGUGGGGCAAAAAAGUAUUUAGUCAGCCACCGAUCGUGCAAGUUCUCCCACCUAAAAUGAUGACAGAGGUCUGUAAUUUUCAUCAUAGGUACACUUCAACUGUGAGAGACAGGAUGUGAGAAAAAAAAAUCCAGUAAUUCACAUUGUAGGAACUUUAAAGAAUUUAUUUGUAAAUUAUGGUGGAAAAUAAGUAUUUUGUCACUUCAAACAAGGAAGAUCUCUGGCUCUCACAGACCUGUAACUUCUUCUUUAAGAAGCUUUUCUGUCCUCCACUCGUUACCUGUAUUAAUGGAACCUGUUUGAACUUGUUAUCUGUAUAAAAGACACCUGUCCACAGCCUCAAACAGUCAGACUCCAAACUCCACUAUGGCCAAGACCAAAGAGCUGUCAAAGGACACCAAGAAAAGAAUUGUAGACCUGCACCAGGCUGGGAAGAGUGAAUCUACAAUAGGCAAGCAGCUUGGUGUGAAAAAAUCCACUGUGGGAGCAAUUAUCAGAAAAUGGAAGACAUACAAGACCACUGAUAAUCUCCCUCGAUCUGGGGCUCCACGCAAGAUCUCAUCCCGUGGGGGCAAAAUGAUCAUGAGAACGGUGAGCAAAAAUCCCAGAACCACACGGGGGACCUGGUGAAUGACCUGCAGUGAGCUGGGACCAAAGUAACAAAGGUUACCAUCAGUAGCACACUACGCCGACAGGGAAUCAAAUCCUGCAGUACCAGGCGUGUCCCCCUGCUUAAGCCAGUGCAUGUCCAGGCCCGUCUGAAGUUUGCCAGAGAGCCAUGGGAGAAUGUCAUGUGGUCAGAAACCAAAAUAUAACUUUUUGGUAUAAACUUAACUUGUCGUGUUUGGAGGAAGAAGAAUACUGAGUUGCAUCCCAAGAACACCAUACUUACUGUGAAGCAUGGGGGUGGAAACAUCAUGCUUUGGGGCUGUUUUUCUGCUAAGGGGACAGGACGAUUGAACCGUGUUAAGGAAAGACUGUAUAGGGCCAUGUAUCGUGAGAUUUUGAGCCAAAACCUCCUCCCAUCAGUGAGAGCUUUGAAUGCUUGACCAAAUACUUAUUUUCCACCAUAAUUUACAAAUACAUUCUUUAAAAUUCCUACAAUGUGAAUUCCUGGAUUUUUUCCCCCACAUUCUGUCUCUCACAGUUGAAGUGUACCUAUGAUGAAAAUUCCAGACCUCUGUCAUCAUUUUAAGUGGGAGAUCUUGCACAAUCGGUGGCUGACUAGAUACUUUUUUGCUCCACUGUAUAGUGCUGCCAACUAUGGCCAAAGUGAUAAUUAAGAUCAUUUUUAUAAACAUUUAAAUCGCGAUUACUGAUUGUUAGGUAAAGCAAUGUUGGGGUGUGAACUUAAUACCAUCAUGUAAUUUAUAAUGUCCAAUAAAAAGGUUUUAGAUAAAAUGUAUCCAUAUAUGUUAAGACAAACAUUUGUUUUUGUUUUUCAUUAGUAAUAUCAACGUGUCAUCAUUUUGUCAUUACAUGAUGUCUUUAUCUCUGUUUUUACAUUUUUAUAGAGUGAGGUAUUUUAUUCAUUUAAGUUAUGUACAUUUAAAUGUACAUGGAGAUGCUGUAUCGUGAGAGAUUCAUUAAGAGUUUUGAACAUAAAUAUGUUGUAUAGGAAUUAACUGUACACAAUAAAACAUUAACAAAA